AUGGCUGCGGCGGCACCGGCACCGGCACCUCCGAGCCCCUCCGGCGGCGACGCGCAGCGCCCGUCCCGCGGCGGCCCCGGCGGCGGCGGCGACGGCAAGAGCGGCGGCCCGGGCGCGGUGGAGCUGGCGGCGGCGCGGCGGCGGCUGGUGGCGGCCGAGGGGCGGCGGCGGGCGGCGGCCGAGCUGGAGGGGCGGGUGCGGCAGGUGCACUGCGCGCUGCUGCACGCCGAGCUGCGCCUGGCCGCCCGCGCCGAGACCCUGGGCCGCCUGGGCGCCGGCGUGGCCCAGGCGCAGCUCGCCCUGGCCGCGCAGAGCCAGCGGCUGCAGAAGGGGCUGCGCCGCCGCCCGCGGCCCCGGCCCGGAGCGCUGCUCGCCGCCGCCCGCGCCCUCCGCAGCUGCGUGCCCUGGGCGCCCGCACGGAGCCGCGGGGCCGCCGCCGGGACCCCCGUGCGCCGCCUGCCCGCCGCCAGCCGCGGCUCCGCGUAG